AGAUGCAGCUGUGUAGCGCCAUGACAGGCCUAAGUCCUCCGCGGUGUGUGCUUCUUGCCACAGUAUGGCUUCUUGCUUCUUCCCUGAGAGGGCCCAGCUUCCUCCAUGCAAGGCAUGGCCCCACCCUACUGUGAGAAGAAGUAAGAAGGAAACUGCUGGCUCUCCCACUUCAAAUCAGGUUCUUGAAGUGCAGCCCCAAGCUGAGCACAGAGGCUACUCAGAAGGGAUGUCAGGACCAAGGCCCGUUGUCCUGAGCGGACCCUCGGGGGCUGGGAAGAGCACCCUACUGAAGAAACUCCUGCAGGAGCAUGGCAGCAUCUUUGGCUUCAGCGUGUCCCACACGACAAGGGAGCCGAGGCCAGGAGAGGAGAACGGCAAAGGUGAGCUUGGCCAGCUGGCCCUGUGCUCCGGCACAAGACGCAAGCAGCCCGACACGCGUCAGGGGUGCCUGAGGCCUGUCUCCCAUCCGCGCCUUCUUGCAGAUUACUACUUUGUGACCAGGGAGGUGAUGCAGCGUGACAUUGCUGCCGGAGACUUCAUCGAGCACGCCGAGUUCUCAGGGAACUUGUACGGGACCAGCAAGGCCGCUGUGCGGGCCGUGCAGGCCAUGAACCGCAUCUGCGUGCUGGACGUGGACCUGCAGGGUGUGCGCAACAUCAAGAAGACGGACCUGCGGCCCAUCUACAUCUUCGUGCAGCCGCCCUCACUGGAUGUCCUGGAGCAGCGGCUGCGGCAGCGGAACACGGAGACGGAGGAAAGCCUGGCCAAGCGCCUGGCAGCCGCCCGGGCCGACAUGGAGAGCAGCAAGGAGCCCGGCCUGUUUGACCUGAUCAUCGUCAACGACAGUCUGGACAAGGCCUACUGGGCCCUGAAGGAGGCGCUCUCCGAGGUGGGCUGGGGUGGAGGUGGGGCCUCAGGCAUCUGUGUGGCAAACGGGUACAGCAGGCUGGGACAGGUGAUAUGGUGGCCCCGGGCCCUGGGCGAGAUCUUCCUUUCCUCAGCCUCUCUCUCUCUCUGGCAGGAAAUAAAGAAGGCUCAAGCCACUGGUCAGUCCUGAGGAGGCCCACCAGCUGUGUCCUCGCAGGUGGGGGCUAGGGCCUGGCGCCCACGCCAAUGGGCCAGAGUCUCCUGGCAGUGGCUCUGCUCACCUCAGCUAGGACCCAGAGAUCGGGGUGCUGUCCAUCUUCCCUCACCCCCCACCGUGGUUGGAGGACCUUGUCUCUUACCCCCAUUCCCCAUGUCCAUUUCUAGGCUUCCUCCCCGCCAUGCCCUGUCAACCCUUACCCGUGGAAGCCAGGCCAACAUCCAAAUAAAGAACUGCUGGGUUAGAGUGUC